GAUCAUGGAUCUGACGCAGUGAGAGCGGAUCCGCCUCACUUCCACUCCCCGCUGCAGGAAGAGACUCAUCGGCUCAGGAAGCUCCAGGAACACGGAUCUGUAUCCGAGCAGAGAGCUCCAUGAGGCCGCUGCAGCACCGGAGCUCCGACCGGGGCUCGAACCCGCAGCUGUAGCCGGUAGUGGUCCGGUGGUCCGGUGGUUCGGUGUUUUGUUCUGAUGCUGCAGGAGACGAUGCCUCCGCGGCUGCUGCUGCUGCUGCUGCCGUCCAUAAGCGUCUUUAUUCCCAGACAGAAAGUGUGUUUUGGUUUUGUCUCCUGUCCUGCUGAGGGGUCUCAGAUCGGUGCACCAUGCUGCUGUCCUCUCUGUCUCCAUGAAACCUCUCCAUGAUAACAAGCAGCAGGAGGAGGAGGAGGAGGAGGAAGAGGAGGGGUGCGGCCCUAUGGAGGACAAGGAGAACAACCUGAGGACGGCCAGGUUGUGGAGAGAUGCAGCUCUGCGCUCCCGGAAGCUGCGGAGCAACCUGCGGCAGCUCACCCUCUGCUCCAAAGACAACCAGAUCAUCCUGCCGGAGGACAUCUCCGAGGUGGAGGCGCUCAACCUGGGCAACAACUCCCUGCAGGAUCUCCCCGACGCGCUGGGCUCCAGCCUCAACAACCUGCGCGUCCUGGUGCUCCGCAGGAACAAGUUCAGCUCCGUGCCCCGGGUGGUGUUCCAGCUGGGCCGGCUGGUGGAGCUCGACAUGAGCCACAACUGCCUGAGGAGCCUCCCAGAGGGCGUGGGCCAGCUGAGGGGCCUCAAGAAGCUCUGCGUCAGCCACAACAAGAUCCAGAACCUGUCGGCUCACAUCGGAGCCCUGCAGGUUCUGGAGGAACUCGACAUCAGCUUCAACGACCUGCACGACUUCCCCAGGUCUUUCUCUGGCCUCGCCAAGCUGAGGACUCUGGACGCGGAUCACAACAAGCUGAACCAGUUCCCCCCCGAGAUCCUGGCCCUUGGCGAGCUGGAGGAGCUGGACUGCUCCGGGAACAAGUUCGAGGUGUUGCCGGCGGACAUCAUGAAGCUGAGGUCCAUUAAGAUCCUGUGGCUCAGUAGUCUCCACAUGUCCACCUUACCGGACUCCUUCUGCCAGCUGCAGCAGCUGGAGAGCCUGAUGCUGGACGGGAACGAGCUCACGGCGCUGCCCGCCGCGUUCGCUCGGAUGCAAAGACUCAAAAUGCUCAAUCUGUCCUCCAACGAGUUUGAGGACUUCCCCCAGGUCAUCCUGAGCAUCACGGGGUUGGAGGAGAUCUACCUGAGCAGGAAUAAACUGACUCAUAUCCCGGAGGAGGUGGGGCAGCUGGUGAAGCUGGCCAACCUGUGGCUGGACAACAACAACAUCACGUACCUGCCCGACUCCAUCGUGGAGCUGGAGAAGCUGGAGGAACUCGUCCUGCAGGGGAACCAAAUAGCCAUACUGCCGGAUGACUUCGGGAAGCUGUCCAAAGUGAACAUCUGGAAGGUGAAGGACAACCCUCUCAUCCAGCCUCCGUACGAGGUGUGCAUGAAGGGGAUCCCUUACAUCGCAGCCUAUCAGAAGGAGCUGGCGCAUUCGCAGCUCGCCGUGAAGCCGCGGCUCAAACUGGUCCUGAUGGGCGCCGCCGACGCCGGGAAGACCCGGCUCCGGCAGAGCGUGGAGGGCAGGCAGCGGCAGGAUGUUAAAGGCGUCCAGGGAAACGGAGGGAUCGAAGUGACUAACUGGGUGGCGGACGCCGAUCGCUGCCUCACGUUUCUAGUGUACGACUUGUCAGGGAAGCAAAACUACGACCUCAUCAAACCCUUCUUCCUCUCCCCCGGUGCUCUCUACGUCCUCGUCCUGAAUCUCAAAGCAUAUUCGCCCAAGAACUUUUACACCCACGUCGGGUACUUCCUCCACCUCCUCAGUGCCAAAGUGCCCCACGCCGUCGUGUGCCUGGUGGGCACGCAUGCAGACCUGUGUGGGGAGGUGGAGCUGGAGGAGAAGACUCUGGACAUCCACCGGCAGAUCGGGCUGCAGGAGAAGAGGGACAUCCAGAUCCUGAGGAGUCUGGCGCUGCAGGUGGACCAGGCGCUGGAGCACGGCUACAACCUCCGCACCUCCAGCCCUCACGUCCUCUUCUACGGCGUCUCCGACAGGAACCUGAGGCGCAGGAAGUCCCAGCUGCAGUACAUGCUGAACCACCGGCUGCAGAUCCUGUCUCCGGUGCUGAGCAUCAGCUGCACCGACGCCCAGAGGAACAUCCAGCGGCUGAGGGAGAAGCUCAUGUCCGUCGCAGACCACCGGGACAUCUUCCCCAACCUCCACCGCGUGCUGCCCAAGUCCUGGCAGAUGCUGGAGGAGUUGCACUUUAAGCCCAAAGACCUGUGGCUGUCGUGGUGGGACUCGGCCCGUCUGGGCCUCCAGGCCGGGCUCACGGAGGACCGGCUGCAGAGCGCCUUAUCCUACCUGCACGAGAGCGGGAAGCUGCUGUACUUCGAGGACAGCCUCACGCUGAAGGAGUACGUCUUUCACAAUCUUCCACGAUUCAUCGCCAUUCUCAACGUCUUCUUCCAGAGGGACGAGUCCACGCUGCUGGACCGGCUGCUCUCCGAGGGGGAGAGGGGGGACAAGAGCCGGGUGAGUCUGGUCAUCGAGGACGAGAAGGGGGAGAACCUCAGGGUGACUCACCUGCAGCACCACGUGGAGGGCUUCAUCCAACACGGCCUUCUGCCCUCCAACGUGAUCCGCCUGCUGCUGCGGCCGCUGAUCCAGACCCAGCAGGACCUGCACCUCAUCAUGGAGCUGCUGGAGAAGAUGGGGGUCUGCUACUGCAUCAACAAGCCCCGCAGCAAGCCCCUGAACGGCGCCACGGCGUGGUAUAAGUUCCCCAGCUACGUCAGCAGCGAGGAGCCCCGGGUCUCGGCGUCGGAGGCGUCGGCCAGCGGCGUCGGCGGCUCUCUGCCUCUGUGUCCCUUCUUCUCUGUGGAGCAGCUGCACAUCCGGUACAGCUUCCCCUUCCUGUUUCCUCCCGGGCUGUUCGCUCGCUUCAGCGUGCAGAUAAACAGCCACGUGGUGCAGAGGUCGGACGGCCGGCAUCAGAUCUUCGCCUACCGCGGCAAAGUCCCCGUGGUCAUCAGCCACCGGCCCGCCAAAGGGAAGCUGCAGGCGGAGACUCUGUCCAUCGCCAGCCACGCCUCGCUGCCCAACAUCUGGACGGCGUGGCAGGCCGUCACGCCGCUGGUGGAGGAGCUGAACGUGCUGCUGCAGGAGUGGCCCGGCCUGCACUACGCCGUGCACAUCCUCUGUUCCAAGUGCCUGAAGAGGGGCUCGUCCAACCCGCACGCCUUCCCAGGUGAGCUGCUGAGCCAGCCGAGGCCUGAAGGUCUGACGGAGAUCAUCUGUCCAAAGAACGGCUCUGAGCGGGUCAACGUGGCUCUGGUCUACCCCCCGACCCCCACCGUGGUCAGCCCCUGUCUCAAGUGAUCCGAGGACCGGCUCGCCUCGCUGAUCCACCAGAGCCUCCACCUCCACCCCCCAACCCCCCACUCCGAACUGAACCUCCAGCUGAAGGAUCACUGCCUCAUGUGUUGUCCAGCUGUGUCUGUGGCGUCUCAUCAUGUGGACAUUGACAGUAUUUAAGGAGCACAAACUGUAGCAGCGAACGUCCCGGGAGCUUCACGCGUCUCUCAGAGAGACUCUCUGAAUCCUUUCUACACACAAUGAGACACUUUCCUGAGGACAUCACGUCUUUUUAACACUGAGAAACGUCUUCAGCGGCGGGACCGGUGUCUGCCACGCGUCCCCGCUGAGGUUUAGGACAGAAGAUUUGUAUACUGGACUGAGAUAUUGUGCAACAUGAUGUAAUGUUUGAGCGGCUCUUUGUGUAAAGGAAGCAUGAAUAUAAUGAAAUGUGUAAAUAUUUAAAUUGAAUGCAAAGUGGGAGGUGUUGGAGCUGCAGCUGUGGUCCACCUUCAGACUGUCUGAAACUAAAUCUACCUGCAGAUCACCUGGUUUCA